CAUCACGAGUAUAAGCUAUGAGAUGCUGCUGAGUGUGCGCGCGCGAGGCUCGGGAUCAGAACGGAAACGCUUCCUCAGCGGGCACGAGGGAGAUUUUAACAUCUUCCGGGAAGCGCGCGAGGAAGAAGCGUUAAAGAGUCUUGGGUUAGUUCAGGCGCUAAAUUCAAAAGUAUUGGGAGUCCGCUCACGCGCUGCGACCGUUGGAUGCUGACAUUGCGAACGUCCUUUCUUAGUCAGGAAGGAGAGAGAGAGAGAGGGAGGAAGGAAAGAAGGAAACCCCUUGUUUCUGUCUUUCCCGGUAUCCAGCUGUCCGUUUUGAGCCUUCUGUUAAGGAAUGAAAGGUUAGCACGAGCACUUUUAUUUUCCUCUCAGAAUGUUAGCCGCUGCUAAGUGACGAAGCUAAACUUCUUCAGUCCUUUGUUGGUUUACAUACUUGUAAAGGGCGUGUUAGCAUAGCAUCCUGAUUAGCCCUGUGCAGUGUUGAGUAUCGGGAAACGAGGAAGUCACCUCAGACCGCUCACGCCACUCAGCCAGCCGGAGGUGAUUUGGUUCGAAACUACCGGUAUGCUGCCUUGUAUGUUUUCCUGAAGCUCGUGUCAGAUCGGAAACGCGCUCCGUCAUGGCAUCACCAGCCAACCGGACUGUCAGGAUGAAUGUAAUGGUGGUGAUGGUGAUAAUGGUGAUGGUCUCGGUGCUCGCGAGUUCCCCGCAGAAAUCCCCCGUGAAAUCGGGCCUCGAUACAACAACCUCCGGACACGGAGGAGCUUCUCAGGGUAAUUUCACCAAGAAGGCUUUCCCCGUGUUGGAUUUCGAUUUCGAGCACGUCCAAACGCCUUUCGUCAUAUUCCUGUGGAUCCUGCUGGCUUCCCUGAUGAAACUAGGGUUUCACUUAGUCCCGCAGUUGUCCUCGAUCGUUCCCGAGAGUUGUCUGCUGAUUUCGGUGGGCCUUGUAGUGGGCGGGCUCAUCAAGCUCCUGGGUAAGAGUCCCCCUGUACUCGAGUCCAAUCUCUUCUUCCUUUGUCUCCUCCCUCCAAUCAUCCUGGACGCCGGCUACUUCUUACCCAUAAGGCCCUUCAUGGAGAACCUGGGCACCAUCCUGAUGUUCGCGGUGGUGGGCACUCUGUGGAACUCUUUCUUCAUUGGUGGCCUGCUGUACGGCAUAUGUCAGAUCAAGGGUGCUAACCUGGAAACCGUGACUUUGCUGCCCUGCUUGCUGUUCGGUGCCAUUGUUUCCGCUGUGGAUCCUGUAGCCGUCCUGGCAGUGUUUGAGGAGAUUCAUAUCAACGAGCUUCUGCACAUUCUCGUGUUUGGCGAGUCGUUGCUUAAUGAUGCCGUCACAGUGGUCCUGUAUAACCUGUUUGAGGAGUACACAGGUGUGGGCACUGUGGACGCAAAAGACGUCUUCCUGGGCAUUGUGUCUUUCUUGGUGGUAUCUCUGGGUGGUAUACUGGUAGGCGCCAUCUAUGGCAUCCUGGCGGCCAUCACCUCCCGCUUUACCUCACACACGCGUGUUAUCGAGCCACUUUUCGUCUUCGUCUACAGCUACUUGGCAUACCUGUCAGCUGAGGUGUUCCAUCUGUCCGGUAUCAUGGCACUGAUUGCAUGCGGCGCGGUCAUGCGGCCCUACGUGGAGGCCAACAUAUCCCACAAGUCGCACACCACCAUCAAGUACUUCCUAAAGAUGUGGAGCAGUGUGAGCGAGACGCUUAUCUUCAUCUUUCUCGGGGUGUCCACAGUGGCUGGGACCCAUAAGUGGAACUGGACGUUUGUUACAAUGACCGUAAUCCUGUGCACGGUGGCUCGUGUUCUUGGGGUCAUCGGUUUGACCUUCGUGAUCAACAAAUUCCGCAUCGUCAAACUCACCACCAAGGACCAGUUCAUCAUAGCGUAUGGUGGCCUGCGAGGAGCAAUCGCUUUCUCCUUGGCCUACUUGCUCGAAGCGGACCGGUUCCCUGUGAGGAACAUGUUUGUCACAGCGGUCAUCACAGUCAUCUUCUUCACUGUCUUUGUGCAGGGGAUGACCAUUCGUCCUCUGGUGGACCUGCUGGCUGUUAAAAAGAAGCAGGAAACCAAACGAUCCAUCAACGAGGAGAUCCACACCCAGUUUUUGGAUCACCUGCUGACUGGGAUUGAGGACAUCUGUGGACACUAUGGACAUCAUCACUGGAAGGACAAGCUGAACCGGUUCAACAAGAAGUAUGUGAAGAAAUGGCUGAUAGUAGGCGAGCGCUCUAAAGAGCCCCAGCUCAUCGCCUUCUAUCACAAGAUGGAAAUGAAGCAGGCCAUCGAGCUGGUGGAGAGUGGAGGAGGAGCUAAACUGCCAUCUGCCAUGCCAUCCACCGUGUCCAUGCAAAAUAUCCAGCCCAGGAAACCUCCAGAGAGAAUGCUGCCUCAGCUAUCAAAGGGCCAGGAGGAAGAGAUCCAGAAGAUUCUCCGCAACAACCUGCAGAGGACACGGCAAAGAUUGCAAUCUUAUAACAGACACUCGUUGGUUGCUGACCCGUUCGAGGACGGCUUCAAGGAGCUUAUGAUUAAGAGGAGGAGGAUGAAGGAUUUGGAGAAGAAGAUUUCUCAGAUGAAUAAUUACCUCACUGUUCCUGCUGCACCUCCUGACUCUCCCACCAUCGCCAGAUCAAGACUGGCUUCUGACCCUCAAGCCUGGAACGUGAAGCCUACAGUGGGAAACCGAGACAUCCCAUCCAUUAAAGUGGACCUGGCUUCACCUCAGAGCCCAGAUUCGAUCACCACGUUGGACGAGUUUGACAAGGCAAAAGAGCAAGACUCAGCCGAGGAAGAGGAGGGGCUUGUGAUGCGGCGAAGGAAAGGGGACAGGACGGGAGAACAAACGGAGCAAGAAGACGCGAAAGAACAGCGACUCCUUCGCUGCCUGAGUGACCCCGGCCCUGCCAUCAACGAAGAGGAGGAGGAGGAGGAUGAGCCAUUCCUCCGCUCAUAGAUGCAUAUGACUGGCGAUCUGCCUCUUUUAUUAGCAGUCACAGUAUCCUUCUGACAGGUGGUUAAAAGGGGUUGAGGAUUUUUGUUUUAACACUGCACUGUCUUACAAACAGGAUUUUGUCUCGUUUGGGGAGAAAGUCGGGGGCGGGUACUGAACUUUUACUGAACUUUAAGCCAAAAUGGUAACUCGGGGGGGAAGAAUCAGUGAGAAUUCAGUCCCCCCCCCAAAAAAAACAACAACCAUGAUUGGGAGGAUUAAAAAAAAAAUUGACGUUGUUUUAUAGCUUUGUCUUUCUUGUCAGAGGAAAAUGAGUUUCUGGAGUGGGUGAGGGGCAGUUGAACUAUGCAUUACCAAAGGUUCACACAGUUGUCGUCCAUGACUUGGAUUUUUUUUUUUUUUUUAAAUCAUUGAAUUUAUUGCUUUUAUGACGAUCACCGAGUGCAUUGAAUCAAAGUGGGACCCUUUUUGUUUUUCAGGAGCAAUAUCAAACUAAGGACACAUGAUGGCCUUUCUCAUGUAAAUCCCCCCCUCCCCCCUUUUUUUUUUAUAAAUAUAAAUGUGUUUUUGCCUGUUUUUUUUUUUUUUUCUUCCUCUCUUUUGUCACGUUAGUACAGCCGGUAGUGUUUGGUGCAUCAGGUCAUUGAACGCUUGGAGAAUAACUCGCUGCACCAAACCUAAUGAAGGGUAAAUAUGAGAAAAUCUCUGUGCAGAGUUAAAAUACAGGUUUUUAUAGGAAAUGCAUUGUAACCACAUAAAUUCAUGUUAUUCCAAGCUGUUAGACUUCUAUGGUUGUGGUUUAUGUAUCUUUUUUUUUUUUUUUAAUUUUGUGCUAUUACUUUAUAAAAUCCCCCCCAACCAAGUACCCUUUAAAUGCACUCGAGCGCUUUUGACCAACAUGUCAGUUUUGUCGCUUGACAAAAAGGGUGGUCUUGUCUUAUUUAAAUUUUUUUUUUUCCCAAAAUUGUUGCUAACCUGAAAAUAUGUAUUGGGUUUUAAGAAUCUUGCAUUUACCGUACGUCCCUUGUAUAUCCCUGACUGCUGUACAGAGUCGGGAUUUCCCAUAAACUAUGCACUCGGGCAGUGCAUGUAGACGGAUUUCACCCUUUCACUUGGGUCCAUUCUGUUUUUCCCUUUAAAACCUGCAGGUUCUUGCUCUGAACAAAACAAUUUGGGCACUAAUUGCGUCCGAUUUUUAUUUUUGCGUGACCUUUUCAGACAAGACUAAAGAUCUCGAGAGCUAGUCUGCAUGCAGAGUAGACUAGAUUUAUUUUAACAUGAGAUGUAUAAAUGAUAUAUUUUACAUAACUUCUAGAUAUAUGCUAAUCUAAUUGCCUGCUGUAGCUCAUGAAGUAUUGCAUUUGUAGUCAGACACAAUGUCGGUGUGUUCAUCAGUCUUGUCCUUGUUGGGCUGGAUUUUAAUUGAAUUUAAUUUUUUUAAAUUGACGUUGGUUUUAAGGUCCAUACUAAGUCGGGCCUGGUGAAAGGAGCCGUCAGCGUAGUGUAUAAAGAGAUCGCUGACCCAGUAGGUUGUCAGUUUAAGCCUUGCUCUGUUGUUUUUGCCUUUUUUUUUUUUUUUUAAAUCUAGUUAACUUGCCUUUAUUUGAAGACUUGACAAAAGAAUGUCAUGUUUUUAGUCUUUUGGUCCAGACUCGUCCAAAAAAGCUGCUUGAGCUCUUGUUACAGGUUCAGCUUUCCUCUCGUAUCCAUGUAUCUGGACUGCACUCCCAGAUGAGACUCUUAUUACAGGUUGAGAGCUUUUCAUGUCGUAUACAGGUAGAACCCAUCUCCUCCUGUCACAGUAGUAGAUUUUGACAUUUGGUCAAAAAAAAACCAAAAAACCAUAUCUUGCUGUUCAUUUCAGUGAGAAUUGAACUUGUAAUGGGACAUGCUUGUUCAAACCAAGGCUCUGCUCCAAACCAUCCCCGAUUUGACUGAGUCACAUGGGGAGGAAAAAAAAGGGACAGAUCUCAUCCUCCAUAUCUGCUCACACCAAAAUCAGCAAUACACAUGAAUGUUUUUGUCUGACAAGUGUCACAAUCUACUUAAGAACUUGACUAAGAUGUAUUUUUUUUGAACACUCUUCGAUCUUUAACACUUUUUUUUCUAUGAUUUUAUAUUUUUGAUUCGUCAUUUUCUGCUAUUGUUGAAGCAUAUGCAAGUUCUUUCAUGUUUUUAUCAGUUGUGCAUUGUGUAGAUUUGAACUGCUGUGCCUGUUCAUUCUUCUUGAUCAGAAAUGGUCUAGACGCAAGGUGAAGGACCAUGAGAAGACGUGGCAGCUCACUGUAAGCAUGUACGUGUCCCUCGGAUAGAUAAUCCGGUGUGGAGAUUGUGGCUAAUUGAAUCCUCCUUGGAUUUGAGGUUAUGAGGUAAUAUUUCACUACUGCAGUGAUGGUUUCAGUGUAAUAUCAGCUUUUUAAUCAACAAUUUAUCUUUUAACAAACUACUUACUCUCGUCAUAACGAUGUAAUGCAAGCCUACUAGUUAGACGUAAACGCCACAGCGGGUGGCUAGAUGGCGACAUUUUCUAGCAAUAACACUAGCUAGCUACGUGAUCCUCAUUUCGGUCUGAUAUUUGAAAUCCGGUACGCGAGUGUUUGAGCUUUUUGCAAGCCAUAUGAAAGUUCUGUUUGCUCAAAUCGGUGGUAUCCUGGCAACAGUUCAGCGGGAGGGCACAGCAAACAGCUACAGUCUCCACACCAGAAGUGACGUUGACAUUUUUGUUGAAUUCUUUGAUCGCUAUUGGCCAAAAAAAAUCAUCUUGUGUUGUCUUUCAUAAACGGAGGAACUGAUUCAGGGUUUUAGACUAGGAUUGAACUGUACUGUAGCUAGCAUAACGUGAUCCUGUAUCACCAUAUUUUUAUUGGUUUUUAUUACAUAUAGGAAACGGAUUUGUUAACGCUGGUUGGAUGUUACUGGUGUAUGUGUUACAGGUCAGAAAAUUUCAACCGAGGUGAUUUUUGACCUGGGUCAAAAUUUUUAACCUAGUUCAUAAUUUCCAACCAAGAUAAAAUUUUGUAUUACUGAAGAUCCAUCCACUUCCUGUCUGUCUACACCUACCUAGUAUUUCCUCUUCCUGUCUGUCUACCUAUUCCUAUCUACCUAAUAAUAGCAUCCCCCCCCCCAUUUUUAACCGGGAUUCGAACUCUGAACCUUCUGAUUCUUAUUAAUGAGUCCAGUCUUAUUAAAUCAUCCAAUAGUUUAAAAUAUAAAGUCUUCCUAACCCUAGGUAUAGUAAGUCUCCUUAAAGGAGAACUAAUGCCAUUUUUAAACUUGCUUUAUGUCUUAAUUAACGUGUUAUUCAAUUACGUUUUCGGUUUUAGUAACCUUAUAUCGUGUCUCGUAUUGGCAACUAACUGCAAUUAAAUAUUAUACUUAUCGGCCUAUUCGGUUUUUAGCCGUGUUGAAUUUAGUUCGUUCGGUCCAAGGCAGGCGUCGCUUAUCCGCGUGAUCUUCACAAGACUUGUGCGAGACUUCGAAACAUCAAAUGUCAGCCAGGUGUCAGUGCCACCAUUUUGAAAACUGUUUUCCAAACAAAAUAUUGCGCAAAAAUGAGUUUAAAUGACGAUUACCGCCGACUUUUUUCAAACUUUCCUGAUCGCUAUCAAAACAAACACAACUUCUGGCGUGAUUACGUCAGCAUUCGAAAGAGGGCGUGCACGUCUUUUGACGACGUUGGCAAAUGUCGGUCACUUUGAUUUCCCGCUGUACAUUUUACUUCCGUCCUACGAUGUCUUGCACAGGUCUCAACGAAUCUCGUUUACGGCCAUCACUUUGACAUAUGGACUGAUAUAUACUCAGCAAAAAUAAAAACUUGACACUCAUUAUUUUUCAAAUAGUGUUUAGAAACUUUUCUUGAAAGAGUUCUUGUUGUGAUUAUGGUUAAAUGCAUUGUCGAGGGCAUUACGUCACACAUUCAUUCUACUGGUCGGGCCUACGUAGCACGUGCGAGAGCACUGCACGCUAAAAUCACGUUUCCACGUGACACAAGUGACGUGACCUAUUGAUACACGUGCAGUUGAUCUCACGGUAGCAGAGUAGAGUGUCAUCUGAGAAAAACAAGGUUUUAUGGUUAAUUAUUCGUUAAUUUGCAAUGCCACGACUGACAAACAUUCAGCGUGAACGUGCCAUUGGCAUGCUGGAUACGGGAACAUCCGUCACUGACGUUGCGAGGGUUAUGGGAUGCAGUCGACAGACCAUCCAUAAUCUCCAGACACGUCUCCAUCAAACUGGCACCACAGCCGACCGUAAGGAACCCUCCACAGAACUUGCAGGAGCUUGGUGCCAUGUUGGUACAAAUAUGGCGGCGCAUUCCCCAAGCUGUGUUCAGACGCCUCAUCCAAUCCAUGAGGAGACGUUGUAUCGCAGUUGUGAAAGCCCAUGGAGGACACACCCGAUAUUGACAUGAUUGCAUUAAGUUGUGACUCACAGUUUUUGAUCAUGGACAUUGUCGUCGCAUUUCCGGUGGAACCGAUUCCAUGACAAACAUGAUCUGUAUGCUAUAGCAUCUUUAAUGACAAGAUAAUUGAAUACAAUCGUUAUUUCAAACCUAUUUUCCAAAAUGUUCAAAUUAUUGACUUUGAAACGAGUGUAAAGUUUUUAUUUUUGUUGAGUUUAUUACAGAGCAUAUUUCAAACACUCAUAACCUGCUAUAGCAGUGACGAAAUGGCGAUCAAAAAUGCAUUCCGAUAUUUAAUAAAAUGAGAAAUAGAAUUUUGAUCAAUUUUGCCUUCAGUUCUCCUUUAACCCAUUGACGCCGGAUGCUGCGUCAUGCAACAUUGCCCCUAGCGCCGGUUGUUGCAUAACGCAACAUUGCCCCAAAUGCCGGUUGCUGCAUAACGCAGCAUUGUUGAUUUGUCAUUAUUUUCAAGACUCAUCUAUGUGCUAACAAAUGUGUUAGUGUUAAUGCUGAAUGAGCACGAUCCAAUAAAAGCAGAGAAUUUUAUCUUUUAAAUGCAACUUACUUCAUGUCUUUAUGUGCUUCAGAGGCUGAGAUAUUGAAUUUUUCAUAGGCGUUUUCAAUUAAUUAUUUUUAUUUCAGAAAACCCUCAGGCAGAUGGGGACCUUUUCUAAAAACUGGCUCAGGCAUUUGCAGACGUUUUUUUUUGCAGGCGUUUCAGGUGUCAAUGGGUUAAUACAAGUAGCAAAUUAUGGACUGGGUUAAAAAUUCUUCUAACCUAGGUUGAAAAAUUCCACCUGACCUACAGUUCUGAUCUGUAACACAGACGCAUGGUACACACACAGAGAGAGAGAGAGAGAGAGAGAGCCUGGUUUAUUAGUUUAGACAGGAAAGUAGAUUCAGAUGUACUUUUUACAUCUUUUUCAACAACCAGAUAGAAAACCAUAUCUUUUGAGAACUUUCCUGUUCAACACAGCAAUAGCUGGGAUGGGUUAAAGGUUUUGCUUGCGAGUAAUUUUAGUUUUCAGGUUUUCUCAAAACGGGAAGUGACUCCUGUCGUUUUCAUCAGGAAAGAAAAAGGAGUUCUGUUUGCUUCUUGCUGUGUGAUUUUGAAAUAGGCAUGUGCUGAUAGGUUUCCUCUCACUAUAAUGGUCUUUAAAAUAGGCAUGUAUCUUGGUAUUCAGGUAAGUGUACUAAAUUUCAGGGUAUGUGAGAUACCUUUAAAUUAAAAGACCUUUAGAAUGGGACAUACUUCAUGUUGGGAGUACUCAGGCCUUACAUGCUUCAACAUGCAUGCAUGAACAUUAUUGUAUAAUCAGUUAUCAGCACAUGACUAGUUCAGUUCUCACAGUAGCGUUUUUAUUCCAAAUAUUUUGCAUGUUUUGUCUUGUGCGGAACUUAAGGGAAAAACAGUCGGAAAGGAGCGUGUUCUUUAUAUUUCUGUUGACCUUUGAGCCUCUAGGAUGUAAAAUGGAGAGAGAUGUUCAUCAUUUGGUGUCGUGCAUGCUCGCACAUUUCUGUCCUCUGUUUUAUGGUGCAACUCUUCCGAGUUGCCUUUUUGUUUUUGUCAGUUUUGUAACUAAUCUGUUAUUUUAAGAUGACAAUGAUUGAUGCAAUAAAAUAUUUUAUAUACAAGUCAACAUGUACAUACGAAUAUAUUAAAUGCUGCAUCAGAGUUUAUUUAAAACACUUUCAACACGUCCUGUAUAUCGCGGCAUAACCUUGCUUCAGCCAUCUUUACCUUAAUGAACAGCUGUGAUACAAUACAAACAGUGAAACAAUAAAGUUUUCAUGGAAGAAACAAA